AUGUGUUGUCUGAGGAGAAAUGAGUGUCCUGAAACCCGUGCGAAGACGAGGAAAGGCAGGCAGCCGAGCAUUACCAAUCCUGGCCAUUCCGGCCCAACGACCUUCUUCCUCAAGACCGAGAAAGAGAUGGAGCGAAGCAUGCAAAGAGGACGAAAGCCUUCACGGGCUUCAGCUGUACCAGAGGAGGAUGAUCAGACAACGCCAAUGGCGAGCGUAGAGGAUACUUCGUUUGGCGUCCAAAGCCUGGAAGAAACAAUAAACUCGACAUUCUCUUCCACCGGUAGCCUAUCAAGAACUGCAAGCACCAGCACCGAGCGAUCGUCAGAAGCAGACGCCGAUGGUAAUCUGACUAUUGGACGGCGGCGACCCGCAAACCGUGUGCAUCCUACAAUCAUGGCAGCAGGUCAACGCAUAAUAUCUUCAGAACGGCCUCACACACAGGCAGCAUCAGGUGCUUCGCCGGAGUUAUUUGCUUCUCCACUACGCAACCCUCACCUACGGAGAGGCUCUGGAACAUCCUCCAUCAACAUGAGCCAUCCACUCACUCCCAUCAAGCUCAGUCCGCAUCAACAGUCUGCCACACCCAGCGAGCCUCGAUCCGGCUCUCCAAAGUCGUUUAGGCUUAGCGAUGAAGAGAGUAGCGUAGUGGACGACGCCAGCAGCCAGGUUGUUUUCUCUUCAGGAGGCGAGGAAGAUGAUCUACGUCAAGUUGAACGUACACCUCAGCUCGUCAUGCCUAGUCUAGCGAUGCCAGGACGAAAGCCAUUCACCGAGCUGGGCCGGCAAUUAGGGAGAGCCAAGAUCAUGGUGAUUGGUCCUAAGGGCGUUGGAAAGUCAAGCUUCAUUAACAGUGUCCUUCGCUCAUCCGAGCAUAUUGUCCACGUCGACCCUGCAGUAGUUGGACCAUCGACCCAUCCCUCAUACAACGGCGACGACGAUAACUGCCGACCUGUGUUCAGUGAGCUUCAUGCGUCGACGAGGCCCUUGCCAUCGUGGUGGACGGAUUUCGAAAGCCGCCGAAUGCUCCACCGUAGAAAGAGCAUCGGCGAAGGUGCGCUGGACCGCAACCUCACUUUCAUUGAUACUCGUGGACUGGACGACGAUCGUGAUAUCCAAAGACUAUUAGAAUACGUGAAGUCUGAUAUGCAGAGGACUGCACGCUUGGAUAGUAUGGGGGAUAGUGAGCUGGUCAAUCUGCUCAGUGGCGACGGCGGCGCACAAAUCGACGCAAUCAUAUACCUAUUCGAUCCAAACCCCAAGGACGGCUCUGAUCCAGUCCAAUGUGGGCUGACCGAGAAACACCAAGAACUUGUACGACACCUAUGCAAGUGGAACAACUUCAUUCCAGUCAUUGGUCGUGCGGAUACCGUGACAGCAGAAGCCCUCGAGAUGAGGAAGAAUCAGAUCCACGAGCUACUCGGCUCCAUGAGUGUCGAGUCGUACGCUCUAGCAGAGUCAAACGAGGCAAAUACAUCGCGGCUUGAGCCAUUUGCAGUGUCAUCAGCUCUGGGUGAUGACACCGAAGUUAUCGACGCCAGCAUACUGAUGUCUUCACAAUAUAUGCAGCCACUACUACCUAGUGAGCUGGGCAGCUUCUUGGAACUCUUCCUCACCCCGGACAAUAUAUCGAAAAUGCGCCAUCUAUCAGCCAUCAAGUUCGUGCUCUGGAGACAGGGAAACUUGGGCUACCACGUCGGUCGCUCACUUUCUCUACGUGCGAGCAGCCCUGGCGAUCUCAGCCUCGGUAGUGUAGAGCCGAGCAAGGUCCUUGUACCGCAUUCGACAUCAAGCUACUACCGUGCAGAUUCGCCUGCGUAUUCUGACAACUCGCGGCUGUCAGCAAACGCUGCUGAAAUUGCUACGUUGCCGCGAUACAAUGAACAACCAUCUGAGCCUUUCCGCCAGGUCCGACUGGCGAAGUGGGCUCAGGAUUUGCAACGUAGCCUCGCCAAUGAGCGUGGUAGAUACGUGCAAAUGUUCAACAACCGUACGACUGUUCGGAGCUCUGGAAGCAGUGAGAAGGAUGAUCAGGCCUUGACCACGACCACCAAUGACUGUCGCCCGGGGCGAGGCCGUUUGGGUGGUGAUCUUGGAGUAAUUGAUCCUCGAGAUCCGCUCGGUGUUCUUGCGUUUGGACAGGCAUUCAGGCGAAGAGGAUACUUCAUGCUCCAGAUUGUUGGGAGUUGCGGCUUGAUUGGAGCCGUGGCAUACUGGAUCAUGCGCAACUGGGCAGAGGUUCAGGACUUCUUUGGUGUUGGCCAGACAAGCAUGGUCCAGGCGACUGCUGUUCCUGCGCCUUCGCCCAAGACUUGGUUGGAUACCAUUGAUUUGAGAAGUUUCUUUGGAUGGAGGUGA